AUGGCUGACGCAAAUACUCUCAAGGACCAGGGAAAUAAAGCCUUUUCCGCAAAGGAAUACGAUAAAGCAAUCAAUCUUUUUUCACAGGCGAUAGCCAUCGAUCCCAAGAAUCACGUUCUUUAUUCUAAUCGUAGUGCGGCCAAAGCUGGGAAAAAGCAGUGGGCUGAGGCUCUGGCUGAUGCAGAACAGUGCAUUGCCGUUAACCCCUCGUGGUCAAAAGGGUAUGCCAGGAAGGGUGCUGCUCUGCACGGAGCAAGGAGAUUCGAUGACGCUAUCGCUGCGUACGAGGCCGGUUUGAAGCUUGAAGAUAGUCCUGCAUUACGCAAGGGUUUGAAGGAAGUUCAGGAUGCCAAGUCGGCGGACGCAUCUGAGGAUGCCCUAGGUCUCGGGAAAAUGUUUGCAGAUCCUAAUCUUUUUGCUAAAUUGGCGGCGAAUCCCAGGACGGCGAAGCAUCUCGCGGACCCCAAUUUUGCUCAGACGCUUCAAAUGAUUCAGAAGAACCCCGCUUUAGCUAACAGUUUACUUUCGGGUGGCGAUCCUCGAAUGAUCGAUGUAUUGGGGGCUUUAAUGGGUAUCGACAUGCAAGCCUUCAACCGGCCUGAAGGAUCCGAUGAAUUGCCUGAGGGUUACUCCAAAGUCGAUCCAUCAGUUCCGAAAUCAUCUCCGCCGCCUCCACAGCCAGCAGCUUCUUCAUCCCAGCCUUCUGCUUCGACGUCGGCGCCUCCUCCGCCCACUUCUGAGGAUGUGGAGAUGGACGAGGAGGUUGCCGAGGAAGCUAAGGCGAAGAAAGAAGCUGAGGAAGCAAAGAGGGUUGGAGGUGAGGCGUACAAGAAGAGAAACUUUGAUGAAGCCUCGCAACAAUUCCAGAAAGCAUGGGAUUUGUGGCCAAAGGAUAUUACUUUCCUCACCAAUUUGGCAGCUGUGUACUUCGAACAAGGGGACUAUGACAAAGCCAUUGAAACCUGUGAGAAGGCAGUGGAAGAAGGUCGUUCGCUCCGUGCAGACUACAAGCUCAUCGCGAAGGCAUACGGUCGUACAGGAACGGCUUACUCAAAGAAAGGCGACCUUCCUUCCGCGAUCAAGUUCUAUGAAAAGUCUUUAACGGAGCACCGUACCCCGGAUAUAUUGAACAAGCUCCGCGAAGCUGAGCGGGCAAAGGCUGAAAUGGAUCGUCAGGCUUACAUCGACCCCGAGAAGAGUCACAUUGCGAGAGAAGAGGGCAAUAAUCAAUUCAAAUCCGGUGACUUUGCAGGCGCGGUGAAGUCGUACACCGAGAGUAUCAAGAGAGAUCCCAGCGAUGCACGAGGAUACAAUAAUCGGGCUGCCGCGUAUACAAAACUAGUUGCCCUUCCAGACGCCCUGAAAGAUGCUAAUGAAGCAAUUAAGAUCGACCCUUCUUUCGUCAAGGCCUACAUCCGAAAGUCCAACAUCUUGUUCUCCAUGCGUGACUAUACCAAGGCUCUGGAAGCCGUCCAGGAAGCUACGGAUCACGAUACCGAGCGUAAACAUUCGGGAGAGAUCUCACAGCAAGAGAUGAAGAUCCAGCAAGCCAUCUGGAACCAACGGGGUAACGAGACCCAGGAGGAGACACUAGAACGAGCGAUGAGAGAUCCGGAGGUUGCUGGCAUUAUGAACGACCCUAUCAUGCAGCAAAUUCUACAGCAGGCGCAGAGUGACCCGCAAGCAUUGCAGGAUCACAUGAAGAACCCUGUUGUGAGGGGCAAGAUUCAGAAACUGAUUAACGCGGGUAUCAUUAGGACGAGGUAGAGAACUUGGGACUUUGGUUAUAAAAAUGCUAGUUGAAUAGUAUCAUUUGACAUUGGUGUCUAACGCUUUUAGUCCCUGUAUGCUUCAUCUAAGAACCCAUAGCCAAUUUCGCAAUCUGACUUGACGAGCGCCGUAUAGGCGUCAGCACUAUAAACCCUGCAAAAGUUAGGCUACGAGCUUACAAUACUGACACCCAAACGAUAGCCCUCGAGCAACAGUAUCGUCUUUUCAUCCUGCCCCGAUCCGAAGACUGAAAUCUUGUUGCGUAGAGUCUUGUCCCCAUUCAUGGAUGAUGGAAGCCUCCCUUUACCAGAACUUCCAAGCCACGCAGUCGAACUCGGCGAGACCUGAUAUCACGGAGUUGACUGUAAGGAACUAGGAACCGCCAAGAUCACAGUUACCGGCAUCGAAUGUGGUAACUAAAGACCAUAAUGACGAGGAGUCCCAGAGGUCAUGACGGCCGCACCGUGAAAACACCGCCGGUUCAUU